GCGAUGCGGGGUUCCCAGUCUCUGGGGACCAGGUGUGCAAGGGCUGGGGCGGGGCUUUUGCGCCCGUGCUGGCUCCUCGGGCCAUAAAGGAAGCCUGCUUUCUCCUUGGUUCCAACACACCCUCCACCCUCAUCUCAGCUCGAAAUGGACCCCAACUGCUCCUGCACCACUGGUGACUCCUGCAGCUGUGCUGUCUCCUGCAAAUGUAAAGAGUGCAAAUGCACCUCCUGCAAGAAGAGCUGCUGCACCUGCUGCCCCGUGGGCUGUGCCAAGUGUGCCCAGGGCUGCGUUUGCAAAGGGGCAUCAGACAAGUGCAGCUGCUGUGCCUAAGUCUGGGGAGGGCCCCGCUCCCAGAUGUAAAUGGACCAACAUGUACAAACCCGAAAUUUUUUUCACAAAGCUUACCCAUUUGCCACAUUCCAUUUUCUACGAAAUAUGUGUAUAACAAUAAAAACGGUUGACUUUA